AUGAGAGGGACUUCGCUACGCACGUGUACCCUGCAUGCUGCGUUUCAUUGGGAGCAGCAAACGAGGAACUCCGGUAUUAAUUCCUACUUAGGUGCCCUCUUCCCCCCCCCUCUCUCUCUCUCUCCACCACACUCCACGCCUUGCCUCGCAGUGGGGCAGGUUAAUUUUGCAACCUCUAUUCAGCAAGGAUUGACGAGUUUAAAACGUCUUUCUUUUUAUCAUUAUUGUCAUUCUUUUUUUUACAUUUUCUUUCUCUUUCCAUUUGUGCAUAUCUUAUACUGUCAUUUUCACUCAUAUCCUCUUGCAAUCUUUCUAUCUCGCUCGACAUUUAUCGACACAUCUAUGCUACAAAUCUUAUCUACUCUUUCUUCUUCUUCUUCUUCUUCUUCUUCUUCUUCUCUGCCUCUUCCUCUGAGUACCUUCUUACUCGCGCAUCUAUCUAUCUAUCUAUCUAUCUAUCUAUCUAUCUCAGCCUAUUCAUAUCUAUCUAUCUAUCUAUCUAUCUAUGCUUACUCUGAUUCUCUCUGUAUAUCUAUCUAUGAUUGCUCUGAUUCUAUCUAUCUAUCUAUCUAUCUAUCUAUCUAUCUAUCUAUCUAUCUAUCUAUCUAUCUAUCUAUCUAUAAUUUUUGUAGUGCUGAAAAGUUUUCAGCCCAAAACAGCCUCCAAGCCAGCCUCACCCUAAUUAUUUUGCUCUGUUCAUAUCUAUCUAUGUAUUUAUCUAUCUAUAUGCCUCCCUCUCUUAUUCUGUUUCUAUCUAUCUAUCUAUCUAUCUAUCUAUCUAUCUAUCUAUCUAUCUAUCCUUAUUACGUAACUAAGCUUGAGUUCUGCGUCACCUCCCCCAACACCUCCCCCCCCCCAACCGCCUCCAGCACGGAUUGCCAAACGGCAGCUCUCUGGAGUUAUGAAGGAAUGAAGCGAUGGAAUGAUAACAGCCGUAGAAACAUUUCUUCCUCCUCCAUGUUGACUUCUUUGUCACUUUUAUCGGCUGCCAUUCCGGCCCCAAUUUAG